CUUCAACUGGCUCAGAUUGGCCACGUCUGGUCAGCUCCAGCUGUCAAGUGUUGUGGGAUUGGGCACACCACCAUUAUGUUGGGAUGCAAAACGCCUUCAUUCACCGACGGGUGUACCAAAUCCCUCUUCGGUCGGCGUUCCUUCAGCAAAUUUAGUGUUAAUCAUAAUCCGAUUAAACAACUCGUUAUUAAUGUUAAUCAUGAUCAUGAUUUCUUUUUUCGUUUUGGUGGAAAGAGAAAGAUAGUCAUUUUUCUAGUUUCGGCAAGGAAACUAUCAAUCAGCUCUUCCUUCUCCCCCCUGUCUCAUCCUCUCUCCGGCCACCACGUCAAUGGCGACUCUGUUCCUCUGCUGUUCAUCUUCUUCCCUCUCACUCCUUCAGUCUCCGCCUUCCGCUUCUUUCGGCCGCCGGAGCUGUUACCCCUGCUGUAUCGGCAUCGGAGCUUCUUCCUCUUCCUAUUCGCCUUCCACAUCCGCGUCUUGUUGUGCUUUGGCCAGCUCCAAACCCAAGGUCGUCGUCACCAGAGAGCAUGGCAAGAACGGGAAGCUCAUCAAUGCUCUGGGGGAACAAGGGAUCAGUUUCCUGGAGCUUCCUUUGAUUCAGCAUACGGAAGGGCCUGAUUCGAACAAACUGUCAUCUCUGCUGCGAGAUGUAAUAUUUGAUUGGAUUAUCAUAACGUCUCCUGAAGCGGGUUCAGUCUUUCUGGAGGCGUGGAAGGAAGCAGGAACGCCAAAGAUUAAGAUAGCUGUCGUGGGAGCUGGUACAGCUAGUAUUUUUGAAGGAGUGAUCCAAUCUUCAAACCAAUUACUCGACAUUGCUUUCUCACCAUCAAAAGGUUCGGAGUGGAUAGUAGUUCUGUUGGUCGAAUUCCUUUCUCUUAUACUUUUUAUUGUCUCUUACCUUUCUUCAGCAACGGGUAAAGUUCUGGCAGCAGAGCUCCCUGACUGUGGGAACGGAAGGUGCACUGUCUUGUAUCCAGCCUCUGCUAAAGCUAGCACUGAGAUUCAGGAAGGCUUGUCGAACCGUGGAUUCGAGGUUGUUAGAUUGAAUACAUAUACAACGAUUCCUGUAGAUCAUGUGGAUCCAACAGUUCUUAAGGAGGCACUCUCUGUUCCUGUAGUCGCAGUUGCUUCACCUUCUGCAAUUCGAACAAAUGCUCAGUUGAUAUCCAUUGAGUGCAACAGUGUGUGGCUCAAACUCGUUUCUUCGGAAUCAGGGCAUUGGGACAACUCUAUAGCCUGUAUUGGUGAGACUACAGCAUCUGCUGCAAAAAGGUUGGGCUUCAAGAACGUCUACUACCCAGCACAGCCUGGUCUCGAAGGGUGGGUAGGCAGUAUCGUGGAAGCAUUGAGGGCACACGAAAAGUCCGAGAAGAAGCUUGAAGUAUCGUAGGUAUAUAGCUUUAUUCGGUUUGACCUUCAAAAAUCCAAGAGUCAAGAACGCACCAAAUGAUCGACAUGUCUGAAACAGAACUCUCAAGUUUGGUCUCGGCCUGGUUUGACUGAAUCCACCGGGACAUCUCAAAACAGUGAGGUGUUAUGUGUAUGCUUUCCAGAAAUCAACUCCAAGGGACCAACAACACGCAAUAGUUUGUAGCGCUCUUGCAUUGGGGCGAGAGGAGGUAGUUCUUGAUAGGCAAAGAAAGGACUGAACCUCUCUCCUUGACGUCUCUCAAUUGUGCAAGUUGUAAUUAUGUUUGAAAAUAUUGAUUUUUCAUUGUAAUUGGGCUAGAGAAUCGAUAGCUUUAUCAAUUUAAAUCUUACUUAUUGUGCAUGUGUAUGGUUGGAUCUAUUGGAUUCUUUUAUUUGAUGUAGUUCACAUACAGCCUGUUUGGAUGGACAAAAAACUCAGGAAUUGGAAUUUCAUUUCCAAUUCUAUUUCAUUAUUUCAUGUUUGGAAUGGUAAGAAGGUUGGGAAAUGAAUUCCAUUUGACUAAAAUAUUGGAAAUUAGAAUUC